CAAGUCUGACCUUGACCCACUUGAUGCGUGGAUCAUCAUGUCCAUUUAUGUAAAUUGACGGUGGCCAAGAAGUUGCCUUUCACCUGGGGUCUUCCCCUCAUUCUCCGGCUUUCCUUCUCUCUGUCUCCUUUCUCCUCGGGUGGGGUGGCCAUGGAGAACGUCUUUAGCAAGCUACGGAAUUUGGAUGCGUACCCAAAAGUCAAUGAGGAUUUCUACAGCCGCACACUCUCCGGUGGCAUUAUUACCCUCGUCUCCUCUCUUGCCAUAGUCUUCCUCUUCUUCUCCGAAUUUAGAUUAUACCUGCAUACUGUUACUGAGACAAAGCUAUUGGUCGAUACUUCAAGAGGAGAAGCCCUACGCAUAAAUUUUGAUGUCACUUUUCCUGCUGUUCCAUGUACGCUACUCAGUCUUGAUGCUAUGGAUAUCAGUGGAGAACAACAUCUUGACAUAAAACAUGAUAUAAUUAAGAAAAGAAUCAAUGCUUAUGGCGGUGUGAUAGAAUCCAGGCAGGAUGGUAUUGGAGCACCAAAGAUUGAGAAACCUCUGCAGAGGCAUGGUGGCAGGCUUGAACACAAUGAGACAUAUUGUGGGUCAUGUUUUGGUGCAGAACAGUCAGAUGAUGACUGUUGUAACUCGUGUGAAGAGGUUCGUGAGGCAUAUCGGCGAAAAGGGUGGGCAAUGACUAAUGUGGACUUGAUUGACCAGUGUAAAAGAGAAGGCUUUAUCCAAAGGGUGAAAGAUGAGGAUGGUGAAGGAUGCAACAUUCAUGGAUCUCUUGAAGUUAAUAAGGUUGCUGGAAAUUUUCAUUUUGCACCAGGGAAAAGCUUUCAUCAGACAAAUAUUUUUCUCAGUGACUUGCUAGCUUUCCAGAAGGAUAGUUAUAAUAUAAGUCACAGAAUUAAUCGGUUAGCUUUUGGUGAAUACUUCCCUGGUGUGGUAAAUCCUCUUGAUGGGGCACAGUGGAUACAUGAAACCUCAAAUGGUAUGUACCAGUAUUUCAUCAAGGUGGUCCCCACAAUUUAUACUGACAUCAGUGGCCGCACUGUUCACUCUAAUCAGUAUUCUGUGACGCAGCAUUUCAAGAAUUUGGAGUUCAUUUCUCUUAACUCUCAUCCUGGAGUUUUUUUCAUCUAUGACUUUUCUCCAAUAAAGGUCACUUUUAAAGAGGAACAUAUUUCAUUUUUGCACUUUAUCACCAACAUAUGUGCAGUAAUUGGAGGUAUCUUUACAGUUGCGGGGAUAAUUGACUCAUUCGUAUAUCAUGGUCAAAGAAGGAUGAAGAAGAAGAUGGAUAUUGGCAAAUUCAGAUGAUUUUUCUUCAUUUCUGCCUAGUGUUCCAGGAUGCUGCCUUGGCUUCCAGCACAACAGUAUUUGGAUCAUUGCUUUCACAGGGAUCCACGCUGCUUCAUGCCAAAGAUUAUGUGACAAAUUGGUCCUCCGAUCAUUUCUGCAGUUGUCAGAUUUUUUUUACUUCUUUCUAACUCCAUCUCCGGCCACUGAAUUUCUACUUCCUACUUUCACUGUGAAAAGAAAGAAAAAUGGGAUGAACACUUGUAAUUUAAUGAGCGUUGAUUUUUUAUUGAAAGUUUGAUGAACGUUCGAGUCAUUCUACCGGAGGGUUAAAACUUAAAACUACACUUUAGGAGAAUCUAAGAACUUCGUAAUUGAUUUUCCCUUUUGAUUCUGAUUGA